AUGAGAGAGAAGAAUCCGUGGGUUAGUCCCUAUCAUGUCAAAUUUACAUUGGAUGAAGAUAAACCAUUGCUUGGACUCAUUAGAAAGAUAAAGAGAGUUCCAGUGGAUUGGAAUUUAAAAGAAAAUUUAGAACCUCAAAUUUCAGCAAAUUCAGAUGCUGUAGAUCAAUAUUUGGAAUAUUUAACAAACAUUGUAAAGGAGCAUGAUGAAAUUCCAUAUUUUCCAAUUCAAAAGGGUGAUUUUGUAUUUUUUGAUGUUAGAAGUCCUCAUCAAAAUUCAAACUCUAAUCGGUUGACUCAUCCAAGAUGUGUAUUUUAUCAUGCCUACUCUAUGACUCAUGAUAUCAAUAGAGAUACCAUCGAGGCACUCAGGGAAAAGAGAAAAACCUUUGAACAUCCUGAUGAUUUCAGUUCAAGUUUCAAAAUGGAACAACAGUCAAUGGAUCCUCAAAAUCCAAAUCAUUUAAUUCCACUUACCACUCUUGGAGAAUGUCUUUACAAUGAGAAAAGCUAUGAGGAAACAAUAUUUUCGGAACAAAUUGAGGAAAAAGAUGAGAAUGGUCAAGUAAGAAAUUUGACACGUUUUGAGAAAAUCUAUGAGCAACAUUCUCACAUGCUUACCAAACGUCAUUUGGACUUUUUCCACAGAUACGGAUAUGUUGUGGUAGAAAAUGUAAUUAAUGAACAAGUUUGUAAUCAAUUAUUGAAAGAAUUGGGAGAAUUUUCAGAAAAAUCAAAUUGUCCACUUCCUGUUGACACCAUUAUUAACAAGACUGGAAAGUAUGAAAAGAUGAAUGUUUCCAAAGGAGAAUUUAGAAAUAUUUCAAAUCCUUUUGGUGCCAUGAUUGAGUUCUAUCACUUACCUACACAACAAAAAUUAAGAAUGGAUGAAAUUCUCUAUGUUUGUACAGUUAAAAUGCUUUCGAAUACUUGGUGUAGCAAUUUAAAUAUUUCACAGGAAUUGCAACAGUCAGAUUCGAUACCAGGUCAAUCCAUACCUCAUUGGAAAUAUCAAUGUCCAAUAGAAGCUCAAUUGGAUCCUAGAAAAUUGUGGCUCUACGUGGAUAGAAUGAACUUUAGACUUCCAGACAAAAAAUAA